UGUCUCUCUCUUUCUCUCUCUCUCUCUCUCAGAGUGUGGAAGCGCAAAGAAAAGGAGAAAGAUACGAAAAGGUACGUUUGAUCUGAACAGAGGCUCAUUUCGUUUGUUCUUCACCGUCUUCACUUUAUCUGUCUGCGUCUUCCGUACAGUCUGCAGAAAAUCUAAACAUGGAUGGUUCCACAAAAUUCGUAUGUUAAAGGAAAAGGGAAGAAACAGUGAAGUCACGUAACGCUUAAAAAAAAAAAAAAAAAAAAACAAACCGGCGAGGGGGAACACCUAGAAAAUUGAAAGAGAGGGAAAACAGAAUUAAAACCUAGAUCUCCCUGCGUUACCGUCCUCGUCUCUUCGUUUUUUGCUUAUUCUAUCGUCUCCAGAUCUCUUUUCUUGGCAGGAACUCUUCAGUCUUGGUCUCCCUCCGUAGUUUUAUCUGUACGCGUAGCUUUAUAUGCUAGCCAUCUUAUGUGUUUGGAUUACAGGCCUCAAGGGUGUGUUCCGUUUGCGCAUGGAAGGAGAACAUUCUUGUGAUUUGGAAGGCCCGUGACCCAUAAAAAUGGAGGGUUGAGGUUGAUUGUUAAGAUCAGCGACGGUGCACUAACCGGGGUAUCUUUGUUUUUAUUUUGUUUAGUCAUCUGGCUUCACUUUGCGGGGGCGGUGUUUCGUUGUAAUGGGAGGUCCUGAUGAGCCCAGCACCAAGAGCAUUGAUGCAUCAGUAGGAGGGUUGGUCUGGGUACGGCGUCGAAACGGGUCGUGGUGGCCCGGUCGGAUUAUGGGUCUCAACGAGGUAUCUGAGAGUUGCUUGGUUUCACCAAGAUCUGGUACGCCUGUGAAACUUCUUGGUCGUGACGAUGCCAGCGUGGAUUGGUAUAAUCUUGAAAAAUCUAAGAGGGUAAAGGCAUUCCGUUGUGGGGAAUAUGAUGAUUGCAUUGAGAAAGCAAAGGCUUCUGCAGCUAAUUCUAGUAAGAAAGCAGUGAAAUAUGCUCGAAGGGAAGAUGCCAUUCUCCAUGCUCUUGAGAUUGAGAGUGCUCGCCUAGGCAAGGAUCAUCCAGACUUCUUCUCUAGAAGAAGAGAGAAUUCAUGUGAUGGGCAUGGUAGUUCACCUGGAGAGUCACCUACAAUGUCCAAUUAUAGCAAAGAAAAUGAGGACAUGACUGAUGAUACGAGUGACUCCGAAAAUGAGUCUGGUUCUGCACCAGAGUUAUCCCAAUCUGUUAUAUCUUUUGAAGAACCUAAUAAUGGUGCUGCUUCGAAGGUGCAACCCAUGCAGGGAAAGAGAAGAAGAACCCCAAACGAUUCAGAAGAUGAUGGAACAGAAGGAAUCAAGCGAAUGAGAGGUCUUGAGGAUCUAGGCAUUGGUAUAGUGUCAAAAGCAAAGGUCCAGGCUGUUGGAGUACCCGAGCCGGUUCAACAUGACAAUACUCCGCUCUGUGGUUCGAACACAGGUAAUUGCUUUCCUAAUGGAAAUCCUGUAAAUGGUAACAAAUGUUCUUCCUCAUCACUGAAAAGGAAGAGAACUCAAGUGGCAAAUGUUCAUGAGUUCUUGAAGAGGAAGAAUCGUCGCCGACCACUAACAAAGGUUUUGGAGAGUACAGCAAUGGUUUCUGUUCCAGUUGUUUGUGAUCAAUUUGCUAGUUCAAAUGAUUCACCUCUUCCAGGGUUAUCUGACAGCAAGGUUUCAGGGAUAGACUCUAAUGAGUCAAAGAAACGGUUUCCUGCGGUAAUUAACAAUAAUUCAGACAGCACUGGAGUUUCAUGUGAGAAUGGCAUCUCCUUAAAUGCACCUGAAAAUGUUGCUGAUGCUUCUCAAAUCAGUAACAAGGUCAAGGAGAAUGAAAUUUCCAGCAUAUCAGGGUUAGCUGAGAAUGAUUCUUCUGACCGGUUAUUUGACGUGCCAUUUGUUGGGGAAGACAAACACUCUGCAGGUCUUUCUUCUGCAUUCGUGUCGUCUUCAUCUGGGAAGCCACAAGUUGAUUUAUGGGGAAGGCAGUCUAGUCAGAGCGGUCAGGCUGAAGCUAUCUCAUUGAAAAAUGAGGGACUUCAUGAAUCUGGUUCUACCAGUUCAGCUGCUGUUGAUGUCGAUAAUAGUAGCGAGAGGAUUGAGAAAGAUACUUCAAAGUGGCAGUUAAAAAGAAAGAGGAAUUCGAGAAAGAGGAGAAGAAGUAGAAAAGAAGAGUUACGAAAACAUGUGGACAUGGAUGACAAACCCAAUGAUUUUUUGACAGGAAUAGAGCAAAUGGAUGGAUUUCCUCACAGUUUGAAGAAAGUUGAUUGCAAUGGUGUUGGGUCGUCCUUGGCUUCAUAUGGUUGCGCCUUACAAGCAAAAUCCAAACCAGUUGCUGAAGACCCCAUGGAUAGGUUGGAGGGCUUGAAGAAAUCAGUUUGUCACAAGGAAAAUCAUACAAAAGGUCCAAAAGUCGAGGCAAAGUUGUUGCCUGACGGUUCUCUGACCACUCAAAGGUUACUUCCUUAUCGUCAGUCACGCUUUACUGUUCAUCCCAGAUACCAAAUGUCGGAUUUUCCUAAAAGAAACUCUUCACUCUAUGAUGUUAAACUUGAGGUGAAAGCGAGUUACCGGCCUCCUCAUGUUCCAUUAGUUUCCCUGAUGAGUAAAUUGGAUGGUAAAGCUAUUAUUGGUCACCCCCUCACUGUUGAGGUUUUGGACAGUGGCUGUUGUGAUCUCAUGAUCAGUAGCAAAGAAUGCAAAGGCGCCAAUGUGCCCACAGAAGCUGCGGGAGUGACUCUCUCUGUUAAGCGAAAUUCAGAAGCUGGAAGAGUUCCUACAAAGCACAUGAAGUUGCAUUCACGAUUUCCAUCAAAAAAAUCAUCAAAAACUAGGAAAUCCACAUCCUUGUCUAAAAAGAUCCGUAAGCUAUCCUCACUGACUGGUCAGAAACUAAGUGAAGGACAGAAAUUGGAAGUUGAAAAGCCUAAAGAGCCUGUGGUGGCCUGUAUACCGCUGAAGUUAGUUUUCAGUAGGAUAAAUGAAGCUGUGAAUGGUUCGGCAAGACCAGCAAACCGAUCUUUGCCAUCAACCAACUUGUGAACGUGGUUGAUGGUGGAGACUUUUAGCAGGUGGCUUUGUACCCAUGAAUUUGGCUGGUGUCUGUGCAAUUUUGAUAUUCUGUUUCUCGAAGCAUGCCCUGGUUGGCAGUGCUUCUGAAUCCUGGCUGAAGGGCAAGUCUCUUUCUACCAUUCAAUGCCAUCUUGAUGUUUGUAGGAACUUAUUGAGGUGUGAAGGAUAAUGGGAUGCAUAGGCUUUUUGUAUAUAAAUGUAACAUUAGUUGAGGUGUAAAAAUGAUCUGGUAGCAGAUGCUUAUGACCAGGUGGUAGGUUUAUUAAACCGAUGAAUGGAGGUUGAGUAACUUAUUUUUCCAGUUUAGUUGGUUGGGGCAAGCUAUUUUUCUCA